CUGCGUAAUUUUUUUCUAGAACAGAAAGUUUUGGAGACUCGUUUGUCCAGUUCUCGUCAGUUGCUUAUUUCACAGGAGGAAAAUUUAAGGUCAAAGGAUCAGCAACAAAAGUCACUGAAGGGGCGGCUUCUAAGUGCAGACUUACACGUUAGGGAUAAGGAAGCCAAAAUUGCAUCAUUAAACAAUUUGAAUGGAUUGUUAGAAGAAAAAAUGGAGCAAACAGAUUUUUCAACUACAGAUGCAUUUCAACUGAUAAACCUACCUAGUUUGUUCUGCUUUAAGGACUUAAUAGCAUCUUUGAAAUAUGAAAUUUCGAAGUUGGAGGAAGACAAGAAGUCUCUGAAAGAAACCGUUUCUUUGUUUGAAUUGGAAAGAGUGAAGACAGAUUCGCUUCAACGUCAAACUGACGACGAGUUGCUGAAGUAUCGCUCAGAAAUUACUGCCCUUCAUAAUAAAAAAGAGGAGCUAUCUUCUCGUUUGAAAGAAACUGAGGAACAGUUGGCGGCGUCUCAAAAAUGUUGUUCAGAGCUUGAAAAGAGUAUAAGGGAAUAUCGCAAUACUUUACAAAAAAUGAAGAAAGACGCAGGAGCCUGGAAGAAACAGACUUCGUCUGGAAACAGAGAAGAAGAUGAGAUGGAAAAACAGCAUUUGAUUGAUCGUCUUCAACUUGACCUUGAAGAAGCUUUGCUAAAACAGAAAGCGCUCGUUAAGGAAAAAGAAUCUCUUAAAAAAGAACUGAAUACAGCAAAAGCACAUCAAAACCGAAGUGCCCAGAAAAUUACCGAGCUGCAGCAAACAAUUUGCACCCUUUCUUUUGAAAACAGCCAAACCAAACAACGUUUAGCGGUACUAGAAAAGGUCAGUCUUGAAAAUUUUCGAGCUCUCUUUGUCGGUAAUCGCGUUACCCAGAAAGACGGUAACGUUCUUGGGAAUGUUUUGCAUGAAGAGCUAGAACAGUUACGAGCAGAUAAAAUAUCAUAUACAUCGGAGAGACAUAAUCUUCGGAAACGGAUUGAAAGGGCUGAGAGUGAGCGGCGAGAAUUGGAAGCGCAAAGAGUUCGCUUAGAACGAGAGAGGGCUGCUCUUAAGCAGCACAUAGAAGCAUUGGAAAUUGAAAAACAAAAAAGCGAUACUGUAACGAAACAAACAAAUAUAGAGAGGUUGGCACUGGACAAAUCUUUAUCUGCUAUGGAGAAAGAGAAUAGGGAACUUUACAAGAAUUGCUCACAGUUGCAGAAGCAGAUAGCGCAACUUGAAAAGGAAAAUGGUAGUUAUCUUUUAAAUGAUAGUGCAAAUCAGCGACGACAUGUAGAAUCGCAGUUGCAGAGAGUAACUGCGGAAAAGCAGGAGCUGGAACGUAAGUUAAAGCAAUGUGAACAGUUACACACACAAUCUGUCAAGCUUCUUGAGUCUAAACUAAACAGUUUAAAAAAGCAGCUAGAUGUAGAGAGGAAGCGUCGGGGCAUUUCUGAAAAUCAUCCUGUAAGUGAUACACAAAUACAGGGUGAACUUGAAGCGAGGAGUAGCGACGUUGUGGAGCGGCAAGAUUCUAAGGUUUUGGAUGAAUCUGAUGAAAACGAUCCUCCUGUACCAAAAAGCUAUUUCAAAAAGUAGUU